AGCGUGACCGGUUUGAAACUCUAAUCAUUUUUCCGGUCCAUCUUUUCCAGGCUGUUCCUAGUGCUUCCACACUGUAAACUCCGAAUUCCCCUUUCAACCCCUCUUAUAACCAAUUCCAUGGCUUCCUCCGAGGACAAAAUCGUAAACUCCUAAUCGCCACCGCUGACCACCGGCCUCUCCCACCGCAAAAAGUAGAUCUACACGAGAAAGAGAGUGAUCUCAUUUGAAGUUUCAAAAAAACUGCACACAGCAAAACCCUAGAACCUCAAAUCAGUUCAUGAUUUUGAGUCGAAUCUAAGGUCAACAAUGGGGGAUUUCAAUCUUGCGCUUGUGAUUGUGGCGAUAGUUGUUUGUGUUUUGGUGUUCAUCUUCAAUUUGUACCUCCUUGUCAAUUACCAACAUCCCGAUGACAAAAACCAGGCGUAUUUCCCCAAAUUUGUCGUAGUUUUGGGACUCUCGGUCGCUGCUAUCUCUAUACUUAUGCUCCCCGCUGAUGUUGCCAACCGGCAAGCUUGUCAGCACGCUAUUUAUAAUGGUGCUUGUAAUCUCACAUUGCCGAUGAAGGAUCUGUGGCUUGCUAUCUACAUCAUUGAUGCUAUUCUUGUGUUCUUCGUCAUUCCCUUCGCAAUGUUUUACUACGAAGGCGACCAAGACAAGACUAUUGGCAAGAGGAUUAAAAGUGCAUUGAUCUGGGUGGUAACUACAGCCAUUGUUUGUGGCUUGGUGCUGGGUAUCUUAUACGGUGUUAUUGGAAAAGUUGAUUUCACAGUUCGACACCUGUCUUCUUCAACAGUGCAAUUCCCAAGCACUUUCCAAUUCUCUAGUGGUCAACCAUGUGUCAGCAAUGGUGUACGCCAGUGUUCUGCCUAUGAUGCUAGUCCUUCAUCAGAGACAACAUGGACCAUGCGAUCAACUUUUCCAGAAUAUGUUGUUGCUCUUGCUACAAUUGUGGGCUCUGUGCUUUUCUCUAUAUUUGGUGGUGUUGGCAUUGCUUGCCUCCCACUGGGGCUAAUAUUUUCUUUCAUAAGGCGCCCAAAGGCAGUGAUUACUAGAUCACAGUAUAUCAAGGAAGCUACAGAACUUGGUAAAAAAGCAAGAGAGUUAAAGAAGGCAGCUGAUGCACUUCAUCAGGAAGAAAGGAGUGGUUCAAAAGGAAGGAAAUGGCGUAAAAAUAUGAAAGCCCUAGAAAAGGAGUUAUUUCUUUUGGAGGAUGAUGUGAUGGCUUUAGAAGAGAUGUACCCUCAAGGCGAAAAGGCAGAGACUACCUGGGCCAUGACUGUUCUUGGCUAUCUUGCAAAGCUUAUACUCGGAGUCUUUGGGUUAAUUGUUUCAAUUGCUUGGGUUGCACACAUCAUUAUAUAUCUGUUGAUCGACCCUCCACUUUCUCCAUUCCUAAAUGAGGUCUUCAUAAAGUUGGAUGACAUUUGGGGUCUUCUGGGCACUGCUGCCUUUGCGUUUUUCUGCUUCUACCUUCUGCUUGCAGUUAUUGCUGGUGCAAUGAUGCUUGGUCUCAGACUAGUGUUUAUCACUAUCCAUCCAAUGAAGUGGGGAGGAACUCUCAUGAACUCUUUCCUGUUCAAUGUGGCUCUCAUUCUUCUUUGCUCCAUCAGUGUUAUUCAAUUCUGUUCGACCGCAUUUGCAUACUACGCACAAGCUACAGCUGCCCAAGAAAUAUUCGGUCAUACCCUGCAAUCUCUUCGUGGAAUCAAAUACUUAUACAAGUAUAACAUAUUCCAAAUUGCAUUUGUCGUUCUAGCUGGCCUAACCUUUGUGUAUUAUGCCGCCUUUGGAUGGAGGAGAAAAAAGCCGAGUGGAAGGUUCCAACUAUCGUCUUAAAAAGUGUCUUAUUACCGUAAUCCAUGGGAAAAUUUUCACUUAAUUUGAGUGCCUUAUUAUACAGCUAAGUCUCGCAUCGAAGCGAUUUCAUCCGAUUAAAAGUCUUGAGAUUU